CCGCCCCGGUCGUCUGUCGGCUCGCGGCGGAGGCCGGGGAGCGAAUACCGUCUGCCUUAUCUUGCUUCUAUAAAACAGCUGUAAGGUUGCGCGCGCGCACAUUCGCUUGUGUUUCUUACCCGCUGUCGAUCGAUUUCCCGCCCUUUGUGCUUUUCACCGGCGCGUGAGUUCUACCGCGAGUGAGGUUAGUGAAUUUUCACGAUUUUUUUCUUUGUUUUAAAUCGAGAAGCCCGUAUGAAGCGGCGCUACAUCGAUUCGUGAUUUGUGUCGUAGCAUUAUUCAACCAAAAUGACUUCCACCGAGUUCAAAUUAGAACGAAAUGUGGAGUUAUCUCCUGAGACGAAGCAGGUCGCCGAGACAGAGCUGAGAGAAACGCCAGAGAGAGUCAGGGAAGCUCUUGAAAGGCUACGAGAGCUGUUGAAGGAGAACAAAGAUUUGUAUUUUGGCGACGAUGACGAAUUGCUCACCAUUUUCCUUCGGCCGUGCAAGUGGUAUCCCGAGAGCGCUCUAGCACUUAUGCGACGCGUAGCCGAGUUCAAGCGCGACAACGCAUCUCUAUUGGACGGUCUGGUGCCUGAACAUGAAAAGGAAUCCUUCCUCGAACACAAAGUUGUCAACGUUAUGAAAGGCAGAGAUCACAAAGGAAGGAGAGUCCUCAUUGUGAGCGUCGGAGGGACCUGGGACCCGAAGAAAGUGACUGCGGACUCCCUCUUCCGCCUUUUCUACCUUAUUCACGUGGCUGCCAUGCUAGAGCCAGAGUCGCAGGUGCGCGGCACUGUCGUCCUCAUGGACUUCCACAACAUGGGAUGGGCACAAACCAUGGGUUUGACACCAGCGUUCUCCAAGCGACUGUUAACCUUCAUCCAGGACGCGAUGCCACUCCGGCUGAAGGAGGUGCACUUUGUCAAACAGCCCAUGAUUUUCAACGUCGUGUGGAACAUGUUCAAGCCGUUCAUCCGUGAGAAGCUUAAGACCAGAAUCUUCUUCCACGGCUCCAAGAUGGCAUCCCUUCACAAGCACCUUGCGCCAAGCCACCUUCCUGCAGACUACGGCGGCGAGCUCCCUACUUUGGACUACUCUGGCGCCGAAUGGUACCCUGUUAUAAACGAAAUUCUGCCUCACAUACAAAACUGGAAUUCCUACGGGUUCGCAAAGAAAGCGUAGAAUAGCAUUUAAUUAUUUUUAUUUUUUAAUAUUAUAAGUAUUUUAUUAAAUACUUUAGCAAACACAAAUUUUUUUUACACUGCCAUUCAGUGUUAUUUCGGUCAUUCUCGGGCAUGUUAACGUGUUAUAUUUUUUAAUAUUCGAAUAUAGCAUCGUACUAUAAUGUACUUGAAUACUUAAAUACCUAAUAAAAAUUGCCACUGAAAUAAGGCAGAGAGUACAAAACUGAGAAUGAGUCAUUACCUCUUUCCUACGUUCCGUUACUUCUUAAUAUUUGUAACAUACCAAACGUGAAUUAUUUUUACAAAAUGUUGUGUUUGCUAAAGUUUAUUGUAAAUUAGACAUUUGCCAUAAUCGAGGUUCUGAGCAGUUGGGAGAGUUCAUAUUAAUAUUAGCAGGGUUCUUAUAGUAUCGCUAUUGAUAUUGCAAGAUAAUUUGUAGCCUUAAAAAACGAGCUGACCUAGUGGUAGCUAAUUACUGUAGCCGAAUUUAGUUUGCGGGAAAAGUAAAAGCCUGAACAAACGUUACGAAUUACUGAAGUUAUUAAAAAAUGUACGGCAAUUCUGUGACUAUUCUUUAGCAGCUUUACGAUACUGAGUUAAAAUAUGUGGUAGGAAUAAUUAAUAGAAAAUUCUGUUCCUAAUAAUGGGUAGGACGAUUUAAAUAAGGAAUUGACUUCUGACAAUAAGUAAAUUCCAUAUACGACUAAAUAUCAGUAGAUAUGAGUACCGGUAUGUUAAAGGGUAGCUAAUUGUUUUUCUUUAUGUUGAGUACAAUCUGAGCAUGGUUUUGGUGCUACAAAAACGGGUUAUUCCCGUCUGAUCCCCAAAACUGAUCCACCGCCAAUUUUAAAUUGCAACGGAUCCCCUCUAUAUUUUGCAACUCCCAAUGGAUCCCCUCACUGUAUUAGUAAGGUAAGUACAGACAAGAGAAAAAGAAGUUUUGAAAUCAAAGUUAAUAGAGUUAUGUAAGUUAGUACAGUGAAUGUUGUUCAUUUCUAAUAAACUAAAUAAAUAAAAUACAGCACAACCCUCAAAUACAUUUUCUUGUUGACUGUACCACAGUACCUACCAAAAAUAACCUUGUAAGUAACAGGGUAUCAGGGGGGAAUAAAAUAUUAAUAUGUAUUCUCGAUUCCCUGCAUUAGGGAUCCGACGGGAAUAGAAAAUAUUUUAAAAUGAAACGGAUCCCCCAGGGAUCGGUUUUAGGAGAUCAGAUGGGAAUAAGCCACAAAAAUGUUUAUAUAUUUUAUGGCAUUAUCUAGCUCUAUUUAAGUAGAUAAUUAUGUUCUUACGUUCGAAUAAAGAGGUUUUGUGAGCGAUAAUCAUGACACGUGUUUCAGCGUAUAUGAAAAUACUUUUCUUUAUAUGUAUUUUGUACCUAAUUAAGUUCCAAAAACGUUAUUUACUAGUGAUGUUUUAGGUACUGUGGCUGUGAGACGUACUGUGCCAGUUGUACCAUGUUCACCAAAAUUAGUUAGUUUUAAAUGUCAUUGUAUUAGUAAGUAUUUAGUGGCGUAACAACACAUGAUCUAAGCGAAUUUGUAAACUAUUCUUUUGAAAUAAUUGUGGUCGUAGUUGUUUUAUAAUUAUUUAUAUCAAUAGGUAACAUUAGUUGUGUGUUAUCGCGUGUAAGAUCCUGAGGUCUACUUGACCUGGAUACUCUUCGCCACAAGCCAGUCCCGCGUUGUUUCGCCACUGUCAGUGUUUAUUUAAAAUUUGUGUUUAAAAACGCCUGGUAAUUUUUAUAAGCAACGACUUUUAGUGGCUUUAAGUUCUGCUCUUCCAACAUUUUGUGUGUUGUACCAAAUAAAUCAUUCCAAAAAUAAUAUUUUGUACCGAAUUGAAUGACAUUAUACUGUACUUUGGAAAUUAAAAAUAUACUACACUUGCUCAAUGUUUUUGUACGAUAGUAUGUGACAUAGCUCGGUGUUUUAAGAAAUUGUUUUAUUUCGACAUAUUAUACAAGUAAAGGUCUUUGAUAAAUUAAAUUUCGGUUUUUUAUUGCCUUGUUGUGUC